AUGGAAGCUCAGGAUAAUCUCUUCCUCGUGAAGGUUAACCAAGCGGCACUGGCUAAUCGCUCGUGCAGCGAAGAGGUAUCCUAUGCAGUAGGAGACAAAGUCCUCCUCUCCACCUUCCACUGUCGAUGGGACUAUAUGCAGCGUGGCGAUAACCGCGUUGCUAAAUUCAUGGUACGCUACGAUGGGCCGUACAACGUCCUCCAUGCAUACCCCGAAUUCUCUGCAUAUACCCUCGACCUUCCUGCUUCCACCAAUAUCUUUCCGACGUUCCAUGCCUCGCUCCUCAAACCCUGGCGCGAGAAUGAUGCUUCGCUCUUCCCUUCUCGCCAGCACAACCAACCCGGCCCUAUCAUCACCGACGAUGGUGCGGAGGAAUGGGAAGUCGAAUCAAUCGUCAACCACAGACCACGCGGUCGCGGAUUCCAAUACCUCGUCCGCUUCCGUGGAUACGGCCCUGAGCACGAUGUCUGGCUACCUGGCCGUGAGGUCAAAGAUCUCGCGGCGCUCGAUUCCUACUUACUGCACUCCCCUCACUAA